GUCGUUUUUAAGAUUCCUUCUGCUACGUCCCCGUGCUUGUGUCGGUUCGUCUGAAGGUGCGUUGAUGGAGAUCUCUUUGGGCGGUUGAAAAUACCUUUGAAAAUGGAGAAAUCGACCUCGACCUCGACCUCGACCUCGACGGCAGCUCAAAUCGCUGAACCUCCUCCUUCUGCUACCUCAUCUCUUUCAGCACAAGAUCUUUCGCUUCCUCCAACCGCAGAUCAGAGAUCUUCGCCGCCGAUGGUCGCAGCUGAGUUACCUUCGCUCGCGGUGGACUUGGAUAGCUCGCCAUCGCUUACUCCUGGAGCGGCGGCUCAGCCACAUUCAGGAGCUCAGGUGCCUCCGCCUCCGUUGAUAGCAACCACCGAUCCGUCGUCUAGGGGCAGAAAGCGAGCCUUGGAAGGGAAUGUUCAGAUCGACAACUCCAACUACUACAAGUUGCGUCUCCUUGUCAAAGAUCUUCGUCCUCAAGUUCUCGAGGUACUACGAACUCCAGACUUCAGGAACUCUAAGGCAGCAAUCGAUAUCCAAGAGAAGAUGAAGCUUAUCCUUGAAUUGUACCAAGAGAUGAUUGGAGGAGCACCCAAACGUGAGAAAACAACUAAGAGCGAGUCCUUGUCCAACGGAAAGGCCAUCAAUCAAACACCUCAGAGUACUAGUACUGAACUGAGAUCAUCUAAGCCAAUCUCUGUCCAAACCGACAAGCACAACUCUGACGGAGAUGCCGACAAGGUGGUCGGAGGGUCGGCGUUUGGCUGGAACUUCGUAACCUAUGGAGGCACAGAAGCUGUUUACUCUGGAAUGUCAAAGGAAGAUUACAGAGGCUCUCACCCAAUUAUACAAGCUGAGGCAGAGGUUGACAACACAUUAUAAAUAUGGUUUCUUAAUGGAGUUUGUUUUAUAUUCACUUUGCUGUCCGUACAUCCCAUUCUCUUAUGUAUCAACUGAACUGAAACAAUGUAGUAGCUUCUACGUUAAUUAGUACAAUGUUUAACUUCUAAACGCUCUUAUGUAUUAAUUUACACACUAGAUUACCUUUAGCUUGUUUCC